GUGUUGCGUGAUGCCCAUCUAUAACCUUCCCGGGUAACGGCUGAGGAUGCAGUUGCAGAAACAACAGAAACAAGAAUGUAAAGCUCACCUCUGCAGACACAUGGACUCCUCUGGAGAUUUAGCCGGCUGAAGGUCAACACACACACACACACACAUAUAUAUAUAUAUAGAUUAUCAUCAUGGAUUGCAUUCAGUUUGAAAAUGGAGAUGCCACAGCGGAGACGGAGGGGACUGUGAACACUGGGAAAGAUGAUACAAAUGAAGGCAAAGAAAAGCAUGAUGCAGGAACUGAAGUCCGUGUACAUAAGGCAUCCUUGGAGCCCAGUGUGCUUUCCACCAUUAGAAAGGAGAUCCAUUAUUUUGCCGGGCAUGAGAUCAGCAUAUGGGAGUCUCUCGAUUCAUUUGGUUCUGUCAUCUGGCCAGCAGCUCUGGCUCUGUGUCAAUACCUUGAGUCCAAUAAAGCAACAGUUGAUCUUGUUGACAAAGCAGUGCUAGAAAUUGGAGCCGGCACAGGUCUUGUGUCCAUCGUGGCCAGUCUGUUGGGUGCUUGGGUGACAGCAACUGACCUGCCUGAAGUCCUCGGGAACUUGAGAUGCAACCUGUCCAGAAACACACGGGGCCAUUGCAGAUACACGCCGCAGGUGGCGGAGCUCUCUUGGGGUUAUGAACUCAAUAAGACUUUCCCUCAUUCAGUGUACAGAUACGACUACAUAUUAGCAGCUGAUGUUGUCUAUCAUCAUGACUACUUAGCAGAAUUACUGGCCACUAUGCGCUUCUUCUGCCAGCAGGGCACAACCCUCAUAUGGGCCAACAAGACCCGCUUUGAUUCUGAUCUGGUGUUUGAGGAGAACUUCAAAAAAACGUUCAACGCCACCCUGCUGGCAGACAACGGAGAGGUCAAGAUUUACUCUGCCACCAGGAGAGUAGAAAGUAGACUAGUGAUGUCAGAAGAGACUAAAGGGGUUGCGAAGAAAGGAGUGGAUGAGUAUGAAACAGUCAAUAAAAAGACAAAGAAAGAGAUGAACGAAGGAAAGAUCAAACAGACAGAACAAAAGUUUGUACAACAGGAUCAAGAAUAUGAAAAGAAAGAUGAACAAUUUAGAGAAGAACAGGCUACAGGGUAUGUUGAUGUGGACAACCAGGAGGAAACAUUAAAGUUGGAGGAUGGAAAUUUGAACAAAAUCAAAGAUGAGGAGGACAACACAAUCCUUGAAACUGAACCUGAGGGUAGUGGAGAUGAAGACAGUGACGGCUGCUGUGAGAUGGAUUCAAAAUUUGUAGAGCAGAAAUCUGAAAGAAACCCAGAAAAUUAUAAACAAGAGGAGUACAAGAGAUCAUGGGCACCAACUAUUUACUACAGACCAUGGAAAGAAGUUCACAAUUUUUUGGGCCAGGAAAUUACAAUUCAGGAGUCCAUUGAUUCUUACGGAGCUACUAUAUGGCCAGCGGCACUUGCACUUUGCCGAUUCUUGGAAACACCUCAGGGUCGUCAACACAUUGAUUUACUCGACAAAUCAGUUCUUGAACUUGGGGCUGGAACCGGCUUACUUUCAGUUGUCAUCACGUUAUUGGGUGCCAAACUAACAGCCACAGAUUUACCCGAGAUUCUAAGUAAUCUGAGAUACAAUCUCAACAAGAACACGAGAGGCAGACGGAGACAUGAGCCCCUGGUAGCAGAACUCUACUGGGGUCACAAGCUGGAUGAGACCUACCCCAGAUCCACACACCAAUAUGAUUACGUGUUGGCGACUGAUGUGGUCUAUCACCACGACUUCCUGGCCGAGCUGCUGGUCACUAUGCGUCACUUUUGCCAGCAGGGAACUACUCUAGUCUGGGCAAACAAGGUUCGCUAUGCCUCAGAUCUGGACUUCAUCAACAACUUUCUUAGAUAUUUUGAAAUUACACUCCUUGAAGAGCUGGAUGAUGUGAAGAUUUAUGUAGCAACCAGCAAGACACCAGAGCAGGAAGGUGACCAUGUUCAAGAGAUGAACAAGGAAGAGGAGGACAAUGAUAAACUUGAGUCAAGCAAACAGUAUGCUGUGGAACAGAACUCUACAAGCGAGACAGGAAACAAAUGCGGAAGAAGUGGAACAUCUGGAGUGUGAUGAUACUCAGAGUUUAGAAAAUGGAUGGAGGAGAAACACAUAGACAAAGGAUUCCAGGAAUUUGUAAAAUCUGCAGUGGAAGAGGAAGAAGGUUAGGUUUGCAAAUGGUAGAGGACCAAUGCCAAUGUGUUUAUAGAAAGACUUAUUUGAAGGGAUACACUUAUUCUGUCUUUCCCUCAGCUGAACCUGCCAACCAGUGUUGGGAAUAACGCGUUACAAAAGUAAUGCAUUACAGUAACGGAUUACUUUUAGCUGUAAUGCAGUAGCGUAAGGCAUUACUAAUCAAUUUUCAGUAACAUUUUACUCUGUACAUGUUCAGUAAUGUUGUGUUCCAACACACUUUUAGCCCAAAAUUUAAUUGUUCAAAAAGAAACAAAAAAAAAAAAAAAAAACGGCAAAUCCGCGAGACAUUAACGAAUCACAAAUGGCACAAGUAAGUUAUAUUUCCUGUUCGUGGUCAGUCAAUAGCUGCAUGUGGUGUCCAAGUUUGUAAAUAAAAACUAAACGACAGCUUCUGA